CGUGCUGCACAGUUGCCUCGUGAGAUUACAAGUAUCGGGUAGACGUGUUUAUAGGUCACACGUACACCGACAAAACAUGGAGAAGGCAGCAAUUGGUCUUAUUUGUAAGGUGACUGCCACAACAUCUGCAGGCCUGUUUGCUGGCAGUGCCUUGGGCAGUAACUUCACAGCAAUGCCAGCCAUGAUGAAGAUUGAAGAUACGGCGUCAUUACGGGUGGGAUGGAAGCACCAUUUCCUCCUCGGAAAGGCGUAUAUGGGGCGUUGUGCACAACUUAGUUUUCUAGCAGGAUGUUCGGCAUGUUAUCUCGACAACACAGAAACCAAAUACUACUGGCUUGCUGGAGCAGCUAGCAUGUUCUUCAUUUUUCCAUACACAGCAUUAGUUAUGUUUUCCGACAUCCAAAAACUACUGAAGGAUGAUGUUAUAUCGACAAGAGGAGUAGACUGGGUUCGAGCCAGCAUCAAUACCUGGGACAAACGUCAUUUUAAGCGCAGCAUGGCGGGUGCCAUCGGUUUUGGAAUAUUUCUAUACGCGCUUUAUAAUAGAACAUAAUAUAUUUCCC